GGCGUUCUCCCACUGCGCAGACCUAGCGCCUGCCUAUGUUCGCGACAUAACAAUCCUCGAACAGAUGGUGCUCUGCUUGAGCGAGAAUGACCAGCACCAUCCAGCAGCCAAUCGGAAGCAGCUGACUCGUUUGGACAGCGGUUCUCAUAUUUUCCUUGGAGGAGCACUAGGUUACGGUCGAAGAGUAGAAUAUCCGCAGACAACUAGUCAGUGAGGUUGCAGGUGGCGUUUCGAAUCUUUUAGAUGUCUCUACAAUCUACACCAUGCUCUCCUCAAGGUUAGCCUACAUGGGAACCGUGCCUGAAUGAAUAUAUAAACGACAAACCGCUGUAAAUAUGCUACCCGUUGCUGCUUGAAUGGAAUAGAUUAAGAAAUGUUUUACACGAUAAUAUUGAAGGAAUCCGAUUAGGCUAUCUAUGUAUUUAUUGGAUUUAUUUGUUGGGUAUGUAGGUUAUUGACGCAUAGAGGUGAAGGCUAUUUGCACAAACCUUAAGUUACUGAUGUCCAAAUAAACGGGAUGCAACUGAGAAGAGAGGGGCUUGCAUGUCAAUGAGACUCACCUUGCAGUCCUGAGGUAUUGAUGAAAGAAAAACUCUGAACAGUGGGAGACUCACUGUAGCACUGGAACUGUUUGAUUGGAACCCCCUGGGCAUAUUGUUCCAUCUGGAUCAUUUUAGAGGGAUACACCUACAGGUCAACACCCCCUCUGGUUAAUGACAAUCACACAGCUCCCUCCAAGUUCAUCUAACCCUUCUGGUAUCCAACCCUGUGGGUUUAGACAGGUGAACGCAGACAGACAACAUGGCUAGAGGGAGGUUUAUCUACUGUCUACUAGGCCAGUUGUUCACUGGCCUGAUUCUGUUUUCCGUUGGACUAUCCUCAAUCCAGAGAGAUAAUGAUUGUCCCCAGCAGUGUGUAUGCGAGAUCCGACCCUGGUUCACCCCUCAGUCCACCUACAGAGAAGCCACGACGGUGGACUGCAACGAUCUCCGUCUCACACGCAUCCCAGGCAACCUGUCCAGUGACACGCAGGUGCUCCUCCUGCAGAGCAACUACAUCGCCAGGACCAGUGAGGAACUGGAGCAGCUAUACAACCUGACAGAGUUGGACCUGUCUCAGAACAACUUCAGCAGCAUCCGUGACGUGGGCCUCAGCAACAUGUCCCAGCUCACCACCCUGCACCUGGAGGAGAACCAGAUCACUGAGAUGCCUGACUACUGCCUGCAGGACCUCAGCAACCUGCAAGAGCUCUACAUCAACCAUAACCAGAUCAACAUUAUCUCCCCCAAUGCCCUCUCUGGCCUGCACAACCUGCUCAGGCUCCAUCUAAACUCUAACAGGCUCAAGGCCAUCAACAGCCGCUGGUUUGAGUCUACUCCCAAUCUGGAGAUCCUCAUGAUCGGGGAAAACCCUAUAGUUGGCAUUCUGGAGUUUAACUUCAAGCCUCUUGUAAACCUGAGAAGCUUGGUUCUGGCUGGAAUGGAUUUAACAGACAUUCCUGGAAAUGCCUUUGUGGGACUAGAUAACCUAGAGAGUCUCUCCUUUUACGACAAUAAGCUAGUCAGAGUUCCUCAAAACGCUCUUCAGAAACUACCUAACCUCAAGUUCUUGGACUUGAACAAAAACCCUGUGCACAAAAUUCAAGAGGGGGACUUGAAGAACAUGCUGAGGCUGAAAGAGCUGGGCAUUAACAACAUGGGGGAGCUGGCCUGCAUUGACCGCUUUGCCCUCGAUAACCUCCCUGAGCUCACCAAGCUGGAAGCCACUAACAACCCCAAGUUCUCCUACGUGAACCGCCAGGCCUUCCGUGACCUCCCCGCCUUGGAGAGUCUCAUGUUGAACAACAACGCCCUUAACGCCCUCUACCAGUCCACUGUGGACUUCCUGCCCAACCUGCGUGAGAUCAGUAUCCACAGCAACCCCAUGCGAUGCGACUGCGUCAUCCAGUGGAUGAGCUCCAACAAGACCAGCAUCCGCUUCAUGGAGCCCCUCUCCAUGCUCUGUGCCAUGCCAGCCAAGGUCAGAGGGCAGCAUGUGAGGGAGGUGCUCCAGCAGGACUCAGCAGAGCAGUGCCUGCCGAUGAUCUCCCACGACACAUUUCCCAACCACCUGAACCUGGACAUCGGCAUGACUGUGGAUCUGGACUGCCGAGCCAUGUCCCAGCCCGAACCGGAGAUCUACUGGGUCACGCCCAUGGGGAACAAGGUGAUGAUAGACACCAUGUCUGAGAAGUACAGCCUCAGUAGUGAAGGAACGCUGCGCAUCUCUCACAUCCAGGUAGAGGACUCUGGCAGGUAUACCUGUGUGGCACAAAAUGUUGAGGGGGCAGACACUCGGGUGACUGCUGUUAGGGUGAAUGGUACUCUCUUAGACAGCACCCAGCUGAUGAAGAUCUAUGUGAAGCAAACUGAGUCCCACUCUAUCCUAGUCUCCUGGAAGGUCAACUCCAAUGUCAUGACCUCCAACCUCAAGUGGUCAUCUGCCACCAUGAAGAUAGACAACCCCCACAUCACCUACACAGCCAGGGUCCCGGUGGAUGUCCAUGAGUAUAACCUCACACACCUACAGCCUGCCACCAAGUAUGAGGUCUGUCUCACCGUCUCCAACAUCCACCAGCAGACGCAGAAGUCCUGUGUCAACGUCACAACGAAGCAUGCAGCCUUUGCUGUGGAGAUAUCCGACCAAGGCACUAACACUGCUCUCGCAGCUGUCAUGGGAACCAUAUUCGGCAUCAUCAGCCUGGCCUCUAUGGCUGUGUACAUUGCCAAGCGGUGGAAGAGGAAAAACUACAAUCACUCCCUGAAAAAGUACAUGCAGAAAACAUCCUCCAUCCCACUCAAUGAGCUCUACCCUCCCCUCAUCAACCUGUGGGAGGUAGACAGUGAGAAGGACAAAGAGGUGUCCUCCUCCUCAGAGACCAAACCCAGCCAAGUGGACACUACACAGAGCUACUAUAUGUGGUGAUAGCUACUGGGUCGUUCCACCAAUUCGGUGCCUUUUGAGAAGUGUAACUUGGUAAAAAAAAAAUGUUUGAUUUCACCUAAUAUUAUCAUUCUGUCAUAAAGAGCACAUGUGAA